CAUCUCAUGUAUUUUUCUUUCCUUUUUUUGCUCUGGGACAAUGAUCGUUGACUCGCAUAGUUUAAAAGUGUGCAUGAUGACGGUGAAUUGCUGCUGGAUCACCAUUAAUCACGUAGUUGUCUGCGAACUUCGUAACAUACUCAGGAUACUCAACGAGCGUAUUGAUCGGGAAAUUCCGUAGGGGAAGUAGAACUUAUUUUGGUCACUUACUAGCGAUCAAUCGGACCUUGCACGAUCGAGGUACGUUGCUGAUAUUAAUAUCUUCCGCGCUAUCCACGAGACUUCAAGCACACGAUUCACGAUGGCUUCAGACUCAGAAGAAAGCCCUAUGCUGGAGCCCACCGCGCAUGAAUCUAUCUAUGACAGAUUCGUGCCACAUCAAAAGAGGUGGAUUCUGUUUCACGUGUCCUUUGUGGGUUUGUUGGCUAUGUUCGUCCAAGUGACGUUCGUGCCUUCCAUCCCUCAGAUAGCUAAAGAUCUCAACGUAACGGAUGCUGUCGUCAGCUUGGCUUUCAGCCUAUCGAUCUUUGCUAAUGCCAUUGGAGAGUUGAUUUGGUCUACUUAUUCGUCUUUCUUUUUCGAGUUCAACCCCAGUCUUUCAGAUGGUCGCCGACCGAUAUAUCUCUGGGGAAUGCCGUUUCUAUGUGUUGGGAGCUGUGGUGUCGCCCUGUCCGCUUCGUUGCAGAGUCUGUUAUUUUGGCGAUUCGUCCAGAUGUUUGGAUGCUCUGGGGCGUUGUCGUUGGGGGCUGGGGUAAUUGGUGACAUCUAUAAAUUGGAGGAGAGAGGAACUGCUAUCGGGGCAUUCGUUAGUGUCACAAUCAUCGGGUACGCUGUUGCCCCGUUUGUUGGAGGUGCGGCAACACAGUAUUGGUCCUGGCGCAAUUUGCAUUAUUCCAUUGGCGCAUGGGGAUUACUCGAGAUGCUUUUCAUAUACCUCUCGUUUCCUGAGACGACCCAUCCCGGCACAUUGGGCAUCGAUAAACUGCCAUCCAGAAGAUCGAUGCAUAUCGCAUGGAUUAAUCCUCUGAGCAGUCUUUGGUUGCUUCGCAGUCCGAACCUGUUCGCGGUUAUGCUCGUGUCAACUAUAAUAACCAAUACUAACUAUAUUCUCCUCGUACCGCUAGCGUAUACUAUUGGCGUCCGGUAUGGAAUCACGAACGAGGCCAUCAUCGGCGCGUUUUUCCUCCCAAACGGACUGGGAAGCUUCACCGGAGCUCUGAUCGCUGGCCGCCUAUCAGACACUGUAGUAAGAAGAUGGCGGGAGAAGCGCGGAGGAGCGUGGUGUCCCGAAGACCGCUUAAGAGCAGCGUGGAUCGGAGGGUUUAUCGUUCCAUUGUCUAUCGGGGCGUCAGGGCUGAUUACGACGUAUAUUGGGGGCCCAAUCGGCCUUGGGCUGAAUAUAUUAUGCCUCUAUGCGAAUGGAGUGGGGGUCGACUUAGUGUUGAAUCCUAUCAACACUUAUAAUGUGGACGUAAUGCAUUCUCGAAGCGCAGAGGCCACAGCUGCUUGCAUGGCGAGUCGGUCGCUCAUUAUGUCUGCUGCCACUGCUGUUAUUGUUCCAUCGAUCGAGCGCAUGGGUGUUGCGUGGACGGACAUCAUCGCGGCUGUCUUUGCAGUCAUUGGACAAUGGAUCCUUUCCUUGACAAUUCGCUAUGGCGAUCGCAUGAGGGCGAGCAUAGAUGUUGGUUUCUCGACACUGGAGAAUAACUGA